GUGUGUGUGUGUGACAUAAACGCGGGGUGUCCUGAGGGGACGGUUCAAACCCAAAAAGGACCUGAGCAGGGGGACAUCAGCAUCUCCAGCUGGAUCAGCAUCUUACAGACGUGUUUCAGCAGCAUGUCUCGUGUAGAGUGAACAGCAGAAGAGCGAGAGCCGGAGAGAUAUGAACCGGGAGAAGGAGAAGACUGGCGACCCCACCGGAGUCAUCGUGGUCCCGCAGGACGGCAUGGACGACGCGCUGCCGGUGUUUCACUGCGCCGCGGGGAGAGACGCGUUACCGGCGGACAGCAGAGACACCUCACCGAGACACGAGCACGAGCACGAGCCCGCGGGCGCGCCGCCGACCAUACACCGGACCACGUCCUUCUCGGUUCUGGACAUUUUGGACCCCAAUAAAUUUACUAGUAAGAGGCAAGCGCCUAACAGGACAGGUUGUGAGUUCAUGUUUGGUGCGGAGAACAGAAGCGACGACUCAAAUCACACGAUCGAGCACAAGUCUUAUCAGGAGGACUACGACUGUAAAAAAACUGCAGGGAUUUUGAAGGACGGGUUCGUGUUCCGGUCAGAAGAGCGCGAGUCUGACGGAGAGCUGUGCAGCGAGGAGAGCGCGCUCACCGGGAACAACGACACCGAGUUCGGCCAGCACGAGGACGACGACUCGGUCAGCAAGAGCCCGGACGGACAGCAGUCGCAACAGUCCUCAACGAACGGACAGAAUCACUCGGCGAAGCCCAAACGGAAGCGCUCCGGUUCGGACUCGAAGUCAGGCAAACCCAGGAGAGCCCGGACCGCGUUCACGUACGAGCAGCUGGUGGCUCUGGAGAACAAGUUCAAGUCGACGCGAUACCUGUCCGUGUGCGAGCGCCUGAACCUGGCGCUGUCCCUGAGCCUGACGGAGACGCAGGUCAAAAUAUGGUUUCAGAACCGCCGGACCAAGUGGAAGAAGCAGAACCCGGGCGCAGACACCAGUGCGCCGACCGGCGGGAGCGGAGCAGGGCCGAACGGGUCCCUGAGUCCCCUGAGCCCGUCCCCUCCCAUGAGCGCACACCUGUCCAUGCACACCGGCUACCCGGGCCACGCGCCCGGAGGACUCGUGUGCACGGCGCAGUUGCCGUUCCUGCCGGGUCACGCGGUUCUGUCGCCCUUCAUGCUGGGCUCGCAGACUUACGGCGCGCCCACGUUUUACGCGCCGCACUUAUAAGAGCAGAAUCACGGGAGGAGGACAAAGAACA